UCACUAUAGGAAGCUUGGAAAAUGCACAAAAUGCUAUUUUUUUCACUGCCCUUCCCACUUUCCCUCUGUUUUUAGUCUCUUUCCCCCCUUGUCCUCACCGCCUUCUCCCUCAGUAUUAAGUUAGUGGAAAAGACAAGAAAGACAGCAUAGGUAGGCAGGAAGCUUCUGUUGUGCUAUUAUGUAGCAUAUUUGGCUGUUUCCAUUUAAAGGGAAUUGAAAGUCCAGUUCCUUAUUUCCAGUCCUUAGGAGCCACAUAUUAGCUGGCAGCUACCAGGCAGGAUGGCACAGAAGGAGAGCAUUUCCAACCCCAUAGGGAGUUGUGCUGGGCAGUUCCGGCUACUCCACCAGGGCAGGAAUCCUGUUCCCCUCGAAGCUCAGCAAACCGUGUGAAUGACGAAAUGAGUGAAGGAGGCAGACGUAUGCUAAGUAAGGAAAUGGGGUAUGUUCAUGACGAGGUAAGAGUCAUGAAGACAGCACACUAAAGACCAGGAGACGAGGAUGAUGGCCUGUGCCAAAGCAUGGUGACAUGCUGCUGUGGUGACAGCUGGGCUGGGAUCAACAUCAGAGAGGAGUGGGGGUAGGAACAGUGCAUACAAAGAUCCUGGGGUGACCAGUGCCUUGUCUUCAACCCAAUGUAACCCAUGAGUGUCAUGUGGAAGGAGAUUAGGUCAGAAUGAGAUGGGGAGGGCUCGGAUCAGUUCCUUGGGAACUAGAGGUCUGGCAAGGACAUAGAGAGUGAGGGGAGUGCUGAGCAAGGUGGUGGCCACCAUGUGAUGUGGCCACUUUGCGCCUGCCCCUCUCUGCAGGCCCCUGACUGCUGACCGCAUCCACCUGCUGCCACCUGGGUUUGUCUGGAGCUGCUGGGACGGUCCUGGGAUCCAGCCUGCUUGCCCUCGGAGGCCGGAGAGAUGCUCCCGUUGCCCAAAGCCCUCGCCUCCCCCAGGAAUACCCAGAUCCCGGCCCCGGGGCAGCAGGAUGGGGCUCCUGAGCCACCCAACCCUGGGGAUACUGAGGCCUGCCGCCUGCGUUUCCGACAGUUCCAGUACCGUGUGGCAGGCGGGCCACACCAUGCACUGGGCCAUCUCUGGAUGCUGUUGCGCCAGUGGCUGCGGCCCGAGGCACACUCGAAGGAGCAGAUCAUGGAGCUGCUGGUGCUGGAGCAGUUCCUGGGAGCGCUGCCCAGCAAGAUGAGGACCUGGGUGCAGUCGCAGGGCCCCCGCACCUGCAAGGAGGCCGCUACCCUGGUGGAGGACCUCAUAGAGAUGUCGCAACAGGAAGUUCUGGUAUCUCUCACCGAACACCAGGACAAGAGCAACAGGGAGGAGGAAGAAGGGAUGAGCCCGAAGUCCCGGAAAGACCCAUCCCAGGCAUCGGAGCUGGGGCUCCCCCAGGAGGGCGAGUGGCUGCAGCCUUCCCAGCCCCAGCGGAGUCCCCACGCCAGGGCGGGGGCCGAGGCAUCCUGCACCCUGGGCUCACUCGGGCUUCAGCCUCCUAGCAUGCAGACAGACGGUCCGAAGACGCUGCAGCACGAGGUCCCCUCAGCCUCCCACCCAGGCCCAGGCUGCCUGCUUCCGAAGCCUAGUAUCUGGGAUGAACCUCCCUGCGGGCCGGCUGGGGACGGAGCCCUGAGGAACAGACACUCCCUCCCCAGGCAGGCCCAGGACGCUGCCCGGGCAGAAGGGAGUGCCUGGCAGGCGGAGGCUGCCCCCAGGGACACUGCGCUUCAGGGCACUGGAGGCCAAGGGCCUGCUCUGGAGGGGCCCCUGCACCCGAGCCCUCAGCCCGGCUGGGUUGCAGACCCCACCCUCCCCAGUGCUCAGAGUGGCAGUCCCCAAAAGGGUCUUGGGGACAGCGAUGCCAGCGGCACCCACCUGCCCUUACUCAAAGACCCCAAAGCCUCCCCUGAAGAGGCGGGGCAACCGCUGGCUGCUGCCCCCUCCUCUGGGAGCUCAGCGGCGCCCCAAGUCCCCCCAGGGGCACGGCCCUUCACAUGUGCCGAGUGCGGGGAGGUUUUCAUCUGGGUCACCCACUUCAUCGAGCACCAGAAACGCCACCUGGAAGAGGGGCCCUUCUCGUGCCCCGACUGCGGCAAGGCCUUUCUGCACGCCUCGGUGCUGGAGGAGCAUCGGAAGAUCCACCUGCUGCAGCCGCCGCGCAAGAGGCCCCGGCGGGCCAGGGGCGAGGGGCCCGGGGAGGCCCGCCGGUUGGAGGCGGCGGGCCGAGGCCCCCGCGCCCGAAACGCGAAUGGAGGCCGGCGCCGGGAGUCCUCCAGCCGCGAGCGGCCCUUCGAGUGCGGCGUCUGCGGGAAGGCCUUCCCCUGGAUGGUCCACCUCCUCGACCACCAGAAACUGCACGCCACGCAGUGA